AUGGCUAUAGAAUUACCAUUUGAAAUUCCUAAAGAUAAUCCAAUAUAUCUUAAUAUUCAAAAAUUUAUUAUUACUUAUCAAAAAUUAAUUGAUCAAUCAGUUCCAUUUACUUUACGUAGAUGGAUUGGAUUUGGAAUUUUAUUAAGUUUAUUUUUAUUAAGAAUUUUUUUAACUCAAGGUUGGUAUAUAAUUUGUUAUGCUUUAGGAAUUUAUUUAUUAAAUUUAUUUUUAGCAUUUUUAACUCCAAAAUUUGAUCCUUCAUUAGAACAAGAAUUGAAAAAUGAAUCAAUUGAAGAAGGACUUGAUCAAGAAGAUCCAACAACACCAGUAGAAGAUGAUGAUGAUGAUGAAUUUAGACCAUUUAUAAGAAGAUUACCUGAAUUUAAAUUUUGGUAUAAUGCAAUUAGAGCUACUAUAAUUGCAUUAAUAUUGACAUUUUUCAAUAUUUUUGAUAUCCCAGUAUUUUGGCCAAUACUUUUAAUGUAUUUUAUUAUAUUAUUUACUUUAACAAUGAGAAGACAAAUACAGCAUAUGAUUAAAUAUAAAUAUCUUCCAUUUGAUUUGGGUAAAACUAAAUACAGAAGUACUUGA